ACUCUACUCAAUAAGGCCGUCAAUUUAGUGUUGGAAUUUUGUUGCAGCUCCCUCUAGUAGCCUGGAUAUUAACAGUGUUUCAACCUGCCCCUGUUCCAACCAGCCCCGGUCUCCCCUACUCUUGUUUUGAAGCUUGUCACGGAAUUGCAACUUUAUUAGCCUAAUAUUUUCUAAAGACAAAGUAGGCUAAUUACCAACUGAACUAUGUGGUCUAAACCAGUUCUUCGACUCAAUUGAAUGGGAGAUAGGCCUAUUCUAGCAUUCAGUUUCCUGGAACAUGUUCCAACGCCCAAGCUGGCAAUCUGAAAUGAAAGUGAAACUUACUAGCUUUCUGAAAUAGCAUGCAGAUCCACUCAAACGGCUUCAGAUACGACCAAGAUGGACAAGUAUCCAUAUCGAGUUUACGCAGAGAUAGAGAGUGAAGGAUUGCCUAACCAUCAGAAAGUGCUCCCAAAACUCCAAAUAUACUUUCAAAGUAAGAAGAAAUCAGGCGGGGGUGAUUGUGUCGUGGAAUUUGGUGAGAAAGAGAACUCGGCUACUAUUGGGUUCAAACAAGAGGAGGUCUUAUCGAGGGUUCUUCUCAACACGCAACAUGAAAUCACCAUUGACAACAAGCAGUUGAAGAUAUACCUCACGACGGAGAGAAAAUCGAAGGAGUCAACAAUACCACCUUCUGGAAGUCAGUCAUCCGAAGUAAAGGGAACUGGAUCCCAAUUUCAAGAUCCUCAGCAUGAAGGUGCCAGUGCCUCUGACUCUGACGUUCAGGAGGAGAGGGCUGAAGAAAUCUAUCAGCCCAAAGCUGUUGUUGUGGAGAACAUCCCAGAAGACAUGACGAGGGACAUUCUGGGACUGAUAGUGGAGAACAUCACUGGUGUCUCUGAGGAUGAAUACACUAUGGAACUGAUCUACGAGUCUCAACUUGCUGUUGUAACAUUCACUAACCCUGAUAAUGUGAAGAAAUUUCAGACAGAAGCCAAGCUCAACAAAAAGUUUCAGAACUACAAUCUGACUGAGAGGGUCCUGGAAAGAACCUGCAGUUUGAGGAUGGAGUGUCUGCCACCUAAUGCCAACAAAGACCUGAUAGAGCUCUACUGUGAGAAACAGAAAGUUGAAGUAAAGAGUGUUGCCCUGAUACCAGAGGAAAAUGCAGCUGUCGUCACAUUCCAAAAGCCUGAAGAUAUUGUGACCAUGCUAAACACACAACACAAGAUCAGCAAAGUUGAAGUCAGCAUCCAUCCAUACUACAAGUCACUAGGCACAGCGCUGUGUGGUAAAGACAGACCAAGAUGGAAGAUUCCAGACUCUUUCUCUGUAAGCAUUCACCAAGCACUUCUGGAGUUUCUCCAGAAUAAGAAGCUACCAUCUCACAUCAAUGACCAGAUGCAGGCACACCACUGCCAGGUGAGCAUGAAGAGCAUAGACGUUCUGCUCAGUCCACUUCCAACCCUGCUGAAGAUGAAGGGACUCACAGCCAAACACAUAGACGGCUGGAAGGAGAACACCUCAGAUGCUUUCCACCAGAUCAUGUCCAAAUAUGGAACACUUGAGAAGACGAUGAACCCGGAUGUGUGUAGCUCAGUGGCAGAAGAGCUGCUACCAAUGGCGAAGGACCAUGUUGUCAUGAAGAUGGAUCCCAUUAAAGGACAAUUAACACUGGCAGGAAUGACGAAAGACAUAGAUAACUUGAGACAGAUAGUGGAUGGUAUAGUGAAUAAGACUACAAAUAAGCUUGAGCGGGAGAGGAACAGUGUUGAACAGGAAAUGGAUUUGCCUGCUGACAUGUUUAAACUCCUGCAGCUUGAUGGCCUGUCACAAUACAUGGCAGCCUCCUGCCCUCAGGUGUCUCUUGAUUACAAACUCAACAGAAAGAAAAUGAUCCUCUCAGGUCUUACCAAUGAGGUCCUAAUUAUGAAGACAUGGGUCCUUGAGAAGAGAAUGCAGAUGAAACAAUUGCCAGUGGAGCUUGACCGUCACAUAGUGGAGUUCCUGAUGGCAGUGGACAGCGAGAUGAUGUCUGAUCAUCUCUUCUUCUCCCGUGGAAUCCAUGCCAUUUAUGUGAUCAAGGACAGAGCUGUGUUUUUGACUGGAAGCUCAGAAAGAUCCCUGAAUGAGUCUAUGCAGAGGAUGAAGGAGACUCUGGCUUUCAGGGUCCUUACUGUUGAGGAUGGGAAGGUGCUCAGUAAGUCAGAAUGGAAAACUCUGAACACUGAAGUCCUUAGUAUGUACAACACACCCGGGAAGAUUUCGCUGUUGAAAAUAUCUUCAAACCCACCUGACAGUCUCAUCGUUACUGGUUUUAUUGAGCCUGUCAAGGAAGCGAGCCAAAUCCUUCAAGAGUUCCUGCAAGAUCAUGCAAGAGUUGUAAACACUGUGAAGGUCAAAUGCUGUGCAGCUAAAAGGUUUAUUGAAGAACAUAAAUCAGAAGAAUGGAAAAGAUUUACAAAAGUUGGUGAGGUGGUGGUAAUUUUUGACCCAAAACGUCCACGAAUCAAGCUGUCAGGAGAGCGUACUUAUGUUAAACCUGCUGUGGAUGCUUUCAAAAAGAUGGUGACCAGUUUGUUUAUAGAUGAAUUGAAAGUCUGUAAGCCUGGAGCAAAGAAGUAUUUCCAGGAACAAGGUAGCUUGCUACUAUCAAUGAUGGUAAGGGACCAUCGCUGUGUUGUUCUGCUUCAGGACGACAGUAUGUUGGAGGAUGAGGAUGAGGAUGAGGAUGAUGAAAGAAGUGAUGGAAAAUUCUCAACAUUCUCAGACUCUCAGCAAGGCUACUGUGAGGUUAAGAUGCCUUGUGGGGUGCUCAUUGCAGUCAGCAAAGCAGACAUCUGCAAGUUUCAAGCGGAUGCUGUUGUGAACGCUGCAAACGAAGACCUGAAGCACAUUGGUGGUCUGGCGUUAGCCUUGCUAAAUGCUGCUGGCCGUCAGCUCCAGAGUGACUGUGACAGGUACACAUCCAAACACGGACCACUACGUCCUGGAGAUGCCAUCAUCACAGAGGCUGGACGUCUCCCUUGCAAACAUGUCGUUCAUGCUGUCGGUCCACGAUUCUCAGACACAGACAGAAAGACCGCAGUGCAGCGUCUUACACGUGCCAUCACUGAAAGUCUGAACAGGGCAUCCGGGGCAAACUGCACUUCCAUCGCUAUCCCAGCUAUCAGCUCUGGAAUUUUUGGAUUCCCGCUGGACCUUUGCACAGACACCAUUGCCACUGCUGUGCGUGAAUACUUUGAGAGGGGUCAUCAACAAGGCAGGAAUUCCUUGAACAAGGUCUACCUGCUCAACAAUGAUGACAGGACUGUGAAUGCAAUGGUCCAGGCUGUUGAGAAGGUAUUCCAUGACAUGAAUCCAAGAUCUGAGUUCCCACAACAAGCUACAUCCAGAAGACCUACAUACAGUGGAAGUGGUAAUCAUGGGCCUAGAAAUCAGUGGGAAGGAGAAAAGAAGUGGCAGAGUUCAUCCACACGACCACAUUCAGAAAAAUAUAACCAUGGGCCUGGAAAUCAGUGGGAAGGAGAGAAGAAGUGGCAGAGUUCAUCCACACGACCACAUUCAGAAAAAUAUAACCAUGGGCCUGGAAAUCAGUGGGAAGGAGAGAAGAAGUGGCAGAGCUCAUCCGCACAGCCACAUUCAGAGGGGUGGACCACUCAACCAGACACAUCAGGAGUCCUGGAGAGCAAACAAACAUCUGACGGAGUCAGAAUACUUCUGAAGAAAGGCAGCAUUCAAGAUGCAUCUACAGAGGUUGUGGUGAACACAGUUGCAGAGAACCUGAACCUCACCCAAGGAGCCGUCUCCAAUGCUCUUCUCCGGGCUGCUGGACCGCAGCUUCAGUCAGCAGCCUCUGAUGAGGCCAGAGGAGGCAGGAUGAGUUAUGGGGAAAUGGUGAUAACGGAUGGCUUCAACCUCAGAUGCAGGAAAGUUUUCCAUACUGUCUGCCCUCCUUGGGACCACAGAGGUGGCAAGUCAGAAGAGGUAUUGAAGACCAUUAUAAAGGAUUGUCUGCGAGAGGUUGACAAGCGUGGACUGGCCUCUCUUACCUUCCCUGCUAUCGGCACUGGGAAUCUGGGUUUUCCGAAAGACCUGGUCCCCAGGAUUAUGUUGGAGGAAACAGAGAUGUUCUGCAAGAAAAUCAAUCCUCAACGCUUAAGGGAGGUUGUCAUCAUAGUACACCCCUCUGACCAAGAGAGUGUGGAUUGCUUCAGGAGGGCGUUCCAAGGAGGAAGAAAAAGACAAAGCAAAGCUGAACCUCAUGGCAUCAACAAGAAAACAGGGCAGGGCUUUCACAAACAGAAAGCACAACAACCAUCAGGACUAUGGGGUCAAGUCAAGACUACGUCUUUGGGGAUACACUCUGUGCGCAUCGGUCACCUGACCCUAGAGGUGUCAAGUGGUGACAUCACCAAAGAGGCUACAGAUGUCAUUGUGAAUUCUUCCAAUAGCACAUUCUCUCUCAAGUCAGGGGUUUCCAUGGCGAUCCUCGAGGCUGCUGGCCCAUCAGUAGAAGCAGAAUGUUCAGAGUUUGUGAGUUCACCCAAUUUCCAAUCCUGUGAAAUGAUUUUGACGAUGGCGGGCAAACUUCCAUGUAAACAUAUUGUCCAUCUCGUGGGAAGAAAUAAUCCCAGUGAUAUCACAAAUAAUGUCUGUGAGGUUCUCACAUUUUGUGAGAAGAGAAAAUUUACCUCUGUCUCCUUUCCAGCUCUUGGCACAGGCCAAGGUGGAGCAAGUGCAUCCGCGGUGGCUGAUGCAAUGAUUGAAGCCAUAGUGAGCUUUGUGAAGAAGACUAAGAGUCAACAUAUACGGAGUGUGAAGAUCCUCAUCUUCCAAACUAACAUGGUUUCAGUGUUCCACCAAAGCUUGCUGGCACGACAAGCAAAAGGAGGGGAAGACGACAAGGGGGUUUUAGAAAAAUUUAAAGAUUUUGCCGGUGCAGUAGUAGACUUUUUUUCACCUGGUCGAUCUGAGGAACAGGCAUCUGAUGAUGAGGAGUUUGUGAUGGUGGGUGAGGAGUUUGCUCCCGCUAUAUUCCAGCUCUGUGGAGAGACGUCUCAGGAGGUCAAGAGAGCCAAAGACUGCGUGACCAGCUUGAUCAUGAAGGAGCAGACUUCUACUCAGAUCCAGGACCCACUGAUUAACCGUUUCACCCAGGAGGAUUCUAAAGAGCUCCAGGAUUUGCAGAGGGAGUUGACCGUCAGCAUCAGGGUGGACCAGAGGAGGGCUGAGCCGGUCAUCUACUUGGAGGGCUUGACUCGUGACGUGUUCAAGGUCGAAGGACGAAUCAGAGAUAUGAUUCGGAGGGCAGACAGGAAGGAGACAACCAGAAAGGAGGCCUUCAUAAUCAGCACCCUGGUAGAAUGGCAGUAUCUGGAUCGUAACAAUCAACUUGUGCCAUUUGACAUGUACACUAAUAUGACUUUAGAGCAGGCCUUCCAGACUAAAAUGCAGAAAGUGACAAUCAACAUCGGCAGUCAUAAAUAUGAGGCAGAUCUGGUGGGUAAAGUAGCCUCAAAUGGAAGGAAUGAUAUAGAACUUAAACGAGUCGAUCGAAAAGAUGCAUCAGUGAGCUUACCUAAUAAUUGGGAUGACAUGAAGGGCAAGAUUGUUGUUCAAAUCCAGCUUAAAGCAGGCACCAACGAAUACAAUGACGUUGAGAAGGAAUUCCGCACAACUGGCAUAACAUCAAAUAUAAUUCAGAUUGACAGAGUCCAAAACAGCACACUUUGGAGGAACUACAUGAUAAAGAAGGAAGAGCUUGAUCAGAGGAAUAAGCACACAAACAAUGAGAAAAGGCUUUGGCAUGGCACAAGUGCAAAUAAGAUAGACCAAAUCAACAAUCAGGGUUUUAACCGAAGCUUUGCUGGGUCUCAAGUCGGUGCCCGGUAUGGAAAUGGCUCCUAUUUUGCUGUUGACCCUCAAUACUCAGCCAGUGGCUAUGCCAGGGCCGAUGGCAAGGGACACAAGCGUAUGUACCUUGCAAGAGUUUUGGUCGGAGAAUUUACUCUAGGAUCAGGUGGCCUGCUAACAGCUCCUGCCCGGAAUUCUGGGAGUUCAGCUGACUUGUAUGACAGUGUAACAGAUAAUAUGACAAACCCCACGAUGUUUGUAAUCUUCAGUGAUGUCCAGGCCUAUCCUGAGUACAUCAUCACAUUUCAGUGAUAUCUUCUGUUUUCAGGAAAACAUUAUUCUGUAUAAAUCUGUAAGGUUUUUGGUACUUUUACCUUUUCUAGGUGUGACUCCAUCCAACUCUCCUUUUAAGCAUAUUGAUAUUUGGCUAAACGAAAUGUGAGUCUUUGUGUGUUUCUACCCGCUGUGUUAUAUAAAUUAAAAAUGGACACAUGUUAUCAAGGAAUGAACAGCGAACAGCUGUGAGUUCAGAACUUCAGGUUGUCUGGGCAUCUUUAACCAUAGACUGUAUAUAUAUACAGUCUAUGUCUUUAACAAAUACACAUAAUCAAACAAAACAAAAGCAAUUUAAUGUAUGCAAACACAUUUCUUAGCUUGUUGAUUGAUCAUACUGUAUGUACAUUGUAGCCUACUGUAUGUUAGAUUGAUUAAAAAAGCAUUAAUGUUGCCUUAAUUGAAGUAUAAGUAUAAGUAUAUAUACUGUUUUGAUCCCAUGAGGGAAAUUUGGUCUCUGCAUUUAUCCCAAUCCGUGAAUUAGUGAAACACACUGCACACAGUGAACACACAG